CUUGGGUAAUGGAAAACCGUCAUGAUGGUUGAUGUUCUCCACUAACCUCGCCCCCAGUUUUUUUAUUUAAUUUUCUCUAGUUCCCUUUCUUUACCUCGGGAAUCCAUACUAUACUGUAUUCAUCUUGAUGAGCUUUAUUCUUCCAUGAUUGUUACUCAAUAUACUCAUGUAAAUCAACAUUUUUACGAUUAGAGAGACUCGUAAAGAUUAUAACACCCCACUCCUUCCCUCCCCAAAGAAGUGACUGGAAAUGAAAAAUCCCUAAGAAGGAAAAUAGGAAAGCAUACAGAGAUCUAAGGAAAGAAUGUAUUCUUGUCCAUUAAUUCUGCUUUUCUUUUGAAACACUUUAUUCUUUCCAUAUUUCUUUUUAGCAUCUCAGUUUCGUGGUCAUCCAGAAAUUGAUAAGGAAUAACUGAUAGCUUAAGAUUGGCAUAUGAUGUGAGAUAUCACUACCUUUUCCAUCUCUCAUUAAUAUAAAUAAAAUAAGGUGCUCUUUUUUCAUGUCAAUUGUAAACUGAUCAGGCUCUCAUAUAAAAUGUCAAGGACAAGUUUCCUUGAUUUCCAAUACAACCUCUCAAAGAGAAAGUACCUGAGGAAGCCGUCACGACUCUUCUCAAAGGACAAACAGAACUCUGGUGUAACUAUGUUCUCAAAGAACAGACAAAACUCUGGGCUAAAAUAUAUUUUUCAGCCUAGCCUUGAUGAGAUGAAGAUGGUGUUUGACAAAUUUGAUUCCAAUAAAGAUGGGAAAAUAUCUCAACAGGAGUACAAAGCUACCCUGAAAUCUCUAGGCAUGGAGAAAUCGGUGAAUGAAGUGCCAAAUAUUUUUCGGGUGGUUGACUUGGAUGGAGAUGGAUUCAUCAAUUUCGAAGAAUUUAUGGAGGCACAGAAGAAGGGUGGCGGGAUUAGGUCAUUGGAUAUACAGACUGCGUUUCGAACAUUUGAUAAGAAUGGUGAUGGGAAAAUAAGUGCUGAAGAAAUUAAAGAAAUGUUGUGGAAGCUGGAAGAAAGGUGCAGCCUUGAGGACUGCAGGCGAAUGGUGAGAGCAGUGGACACUGAUGGAGAUGGCAUGGUUGACAUGAACGAGUUUGUGGCCAUGAUGACUCAAUCCAUGAGACAUGUUUGAAUCCUGUUCUGGUUGUGUUUCUUGAGGUUGAGUUUAGGUGCACCUCAAUGAAAGUCGUAGGAGUUGUGUUUAUUUAUGUGCUCAAUAAAGCUGCAUUUUGAAGUCAGUUGUUCAAUACAAAUCUAUUAUUAAAAGGAAAACUGAUCGCUCUUAUUGUACUAGUGAUAUUUAUACAACUUUUUUGAA